AUGCACACUCCGGCCCGAGUACGAUUUGCACCAAGUCCAACAGGAUACCUACAUUUAGGUGGUCUACGCACUGCUCUUUUCAAUUAUCUACUUGCAAAAAAGACAGGUGGACAAUUCAUCCUACGAAUUGAAGACACUGACCGGACACGUUUUGUGCCUGGAGCAACUGAAAAAUUAAUGGACGCAUUAUCAUGGGCCGGGAUUCAUCCGGACGAAGGUCCACAUCACGGAGGACCUCAUGAGCCUUAUUACCAAUCCAAACGCACAAAGAUUUAUCAGGACUAUGCAGAGGAAUUAGUAAAGCAAGGACAUGCCUAUCGUUGCUUUUGUACACAGGAACGACUGCUUCGAGUACGUGAAUCUAGUCAGAAGACUGGUCGAUUGGUAGCCUAUGACAAGCAUUGUUCAUACUACACCGAAGACGAGAUCAAAGAAAAUAUGGAAAAGGAGUUGCCAUUUACCAUUAGACUUAAUACAUUGGAUGAUACUAUUCUAAUCAAGAGCGAUGGAUUCCCUACCUACCAUCUUGCUAAUGUGGUGGACGAUCAUCUGAUGGGUAUCACACAUGUCUUGAGAGGCGAGGAAUGGAUGCCAUCUACUCCAAAGCAUGUCAUCCUUUACAAAGCUCUUGGAUGGACUCCUCCUCAAUUUGUUCACCUUCCUCUCUUGAUGAACGCAGACAAAACAAAGUUGUCAAAAAGAUCUGGUGAUGUUCAUGUCGAACAAUAUAUUGAAAAGGGCUACCUGCCUGAAGCUUUAAACAACUUUGUUGCACUGUUGGGUUGGAAUCCCAAUAGUGAAGAAGAAGUGUUUUCACCUGAAGAGCUCAUUGAAAAAUUUGACUUGAAACAACUAAAUAAAUCAAAUGCUGUCGUGGAUAUUGGAAAACUUGAUUGGAUGAACAAACAACAUCUCUUACGCCGUGCACAAACACCUGAAGGGCUUGAGAGCCUAGUCGAUUUACUGCAGCCUAUGAUAAAAACCUCCUUUGAGACAAAAAUCCGUAAUAUCCGCGAUAUUCCUCAGCUGUGCGGCUACUAUUUCGUAGAACCUGAUUACGACUCUGAUGAUGCAAAGGCACUCUACAAAAAGCUCAAUAAGCAAGCAGUAGAUCUCGCCUUAGCAUCUACUACACAAGAGACAUUAGGCUCACUGGAAUCCUUUGAUGCCGUGUCUAUCAAGCAGUGGAUCCAUGAAUUGGCAGAAUUAAAUAACAUUAAACAAAACCACCUCAUGAUGGCCAUGCGUUAUGCAGUUACUGGUACUCGAGUAGGCGCAGGUGUAGCAGAAACUAUGGAAGUACUUGGGCGACCCGUUUGUCUCAAUAGACUGGCACAUGCUGUCAAACAGUAA